AUGCUACCGUCUCCGAUUUCACUCGGGGCCGGCAUCAACGCCGUUUCAUUUGGCCAUCCGAUGGGCGACCAACUGCACAGCUUCUUCAAGCCGCUCGGGCAAGAAUCACAGCUCCAGGUUGCAGCUCACGCUGCCCAGAUGACCAUGUUACCGACGGUCGAUCUAACACCACUUAUACAGCAGUUGUUGCUAGAGAUGACAAAGCUCGGUGCUACUCCGAUGCUUGAUGUCGUUGCACUUUCCGAAUGCGGCGAGCUUAUUACUGGUUCGGCAAAAAGUGAAGCCAAGUCCCCAGAAGCCGCCGUGCUCCAUCAUUUCCAGCCUCAAGCAGAGCCAACAACUUCCAGACUAUCAUUAGCGGAACAGGAAAAUUCUCAGCGAAAAAGGGUUUUCGACAAGCCUUGUGCAAUCUGCCAUGGUGCGGCUUCUGGAUAUCAUUACGAGACUCCAUCAUGCAAUUCCUGCAAAACAUUCUUCCGCCGCACCGUAAUCUCCGCAAAGAAUUACAAGUGUAUCAAGGGGGACGGCCAAUGCCUGAACAGCGGCAAAAUCCCUGCCAAGAUCAAAUGCCGCCAAUGCAGAUUUCUGAAGUGUAUUCAGCAGGGGAUGCGACCAGAAACUGUUUCUACCUCAAAAGAAUGGACAGUGCCAAAAGUGCAAGAAAUGCCGCAAAUUCAGCAAUAUUCACCGGCUGAAAGCCCGAUUUCUUCUGAUAAUUCGGAGGUGAGCAGCAGUCCUCAGCUCGACAUGGCUAUUUAUAACUACUGUAUAUCCAGCCUUGGAGAGAUCGACGAAAAGAUCAAAGUCCUCCGCAACAGCGAUUUCGACCCGUACAAACAAGAGCUAGGCCUUUUCUCGAUCCUGGCGCAAACUUCACUACUCGACCGGGUGGAGCAGUUCAAUACGGUGACGGAUUGGAUGAAUCACCCGAGGAUUUCUCCUUCACGUGGUCCAUGCGUCGAAUCGCCAUCCUGUCGGGAUCUCUCGGAAUGGUUAUGUCUCGACUUGAUCUGUGCUGUUGAAUAUAUGAAGCGAUUUUCGCUUUUUAAUGCGUUGCCGUUUGAGGAUAAGUGUAUGGUGAUCAAACGUGUCGCGUUGCCUUUAUCAAUCGCCGUUCUCUCCUUUGACUCGGUGGUGAAUGGUCAUUCGACGCUAAUGCUACCUGACGGCAUUUCUCCAGUCUCCAUCCUCCCUACAGUCUUUUUCAAUGUCUGCGACCCAUGGAAACGUGAAAAUGUCGAUCAAACGGAAUACCUCUUCCUGAAGGCUUUACUUUUCCAUGAAAUGAUGCUUAUGACCCACUCAACGCCGGAGCUCCUGGAAGACAAGGCAAAGUAUACGAACUACCUGAUGGAUUAUCUGCGCAAAAAGGUUGGCCACCGUGCUCCUCUGCGAUACGGUGCUCUGGUGUCGAUUUCGCAGCAUCUGAUCCGUGUGGCUCACAAGCAUCGUGCUCACGUCCUGCUUCAAGCAUCCGUCUACGCCCGCCCUCAGGAGCGUCUUGUACGCGAGAUUAUUUUGCAAGAAUCCCCGGUCGCCGAUAUCGAUUGCAAUACAGUCAUGCAU